AGAACUACUGGAUUUAAUGCAGUCUGCAACUUUGGAGCCAGAAGUAGCAUUUCUGAAUGCAUCACUUAUUCCAGAUGUAUUUCCUGUUUUGGCAGCUGCACACAAGGCACUUGUAGCUAAAUCACGGGAUUCACUGACUACACGGACCCUUCAUUCUGAGCUCGUUUACAACUAUUCAGGAUCUAAACAUAUAUCAGAGUCUUUGAAAAGAUGUGGCAUUGCAGAUAACACAAGCUACAUUCUUGCAGCACGCUUUGGUGCUUCGGCUGAUGAGAUGGUGGCCAUAGAAAAACUCAUAAACGGCAAGGAGAUUGACUUGAAGGAAUUGGAACAAAGAAUAAACCAAGCUCAGAUUCAAAAGCAUUACAAGAUAUCUAAUCUGGAGCUGGAGAUUUCAUCACUUGCUGAUGCCAUAACCUGCAGAAUUGCUGCCCGAGAUGCUUUAUGAGAAUUGCACGCCUUACGCCACUAUUUAUUUCAUUUUUUUCAUAUGUAAACUAUUGUCUGAGAAAUAACUUCCUGAACCUUGUGUGAAAAUACCAUUUUGCUACUCUAAUUGCUUCAUAGGCGCUAUUAGGUCCCUGAUAAACAUUCUCUAAUGUUGUAUUUCGUUUGGUUUGAUUAUGUUCAAUGUCUAAGAGAUUCUGUAGGAACUAGUGAUGGCUAAUGGUUUAAUUACA